GGGUUCUCCGGUGGAGGCGGCGAUGGCGGCGGCCUCCUCCUCGGCGGCGGCCUCCUCCUCGGCGGCGGUCUCCUCCUCGGCGGCGGCCGCGGGCUGCCGGGAGGGCCCGGCGGUGGCGGCGGGGCCCGGCUGGAGCGACUCCCAGUUCCGUCGGUACUCCUUCGAGACGCGGCCUAUCCCGCGGCUCAGCCACAGCGACCCCCGCGCCGAGGAGCUCAUCGAGAACGAGGAGCCAGUGGUGCUGACAGAUACAAAUCUGGUUUAUCCUGCUCUGAAAUGGGACCUGGACUACCUCCAGGAGAACAUUGGCAAUGGGGACUUCUCAGUGUAUAGUGCCAGCACACACAAGUUCUUGUACUACGAUGAGAAGAAGAUGGCAAAUUUUAAGAACUUCAAGCCCAAGUCAAGCAGGGAAGAGAUGAAGUUUGCUGAGUUUGUGGAUAGACUCAAAGAAAUUCAACAAAAAGGAAGUGCUGAGAGGCUAUAUCUGCAGCAAACCCUCAAUGACACAGUUGGAAGGAAGAUUGUGGUGGAUUUCCUUGGUUUCAACUGGAAUUGGAUUAACAAGCAGCAAGGGAAACGUGGCUGGGGUCAACUGACUUCUAACUUGCUUCUUAUUGGCAUGGAAGGGAAUGUGACACCAGCUCAUUAUGAUGAGCAGCAGAACUUCUUUGCUCAGAUUAAGGGUUAUAAGAGGUGUAUCCUGUUCCCUCCUGAUCAGUUUGAAUGCCUCUACCCUUAUCCUGUGCACCAUCCCUGCGACAGACAGAGCCAGGUGGACUUUGACAAUCCCGACUAUGAGAAAUUCCCGAACUUCCGGAGCGUGGUUGGCUAUGAGACGGUGGUGGGUCCGGGGGAUGUGCUAUACAUACCUAUGUACUGGUGGCACCACAUUGAGUCUCUCCUGAAUGGGGGGAUUACCAUCACUGUGAACUUCUGGUACAAGGGUGCCCCAACCCCAAAGAGAAUUGAGUAUCCAUUAAAGGCUCAUCAGAAAGUCGCGAUAAUGAGGAACAUUGAGAAGAUGUUGGGAGAAGCCUUAGGAAAUCCACAAGAGGUGUCACAGUGAGGGUAGGAGAAAGCAGGGUUGCUCUGUUGCUGUGAAUGGUUCUUCCUCCUGUCUUCAGAAGGUCCUUUGGCUGCAAAAAGGCAAGCUCUUUAAAUUAUAAUUCUGGAGAGGACCUCUACAAUGGAGUAAUUGUUCUUCUAUGUGGGGGAAGGUGUACUUUGGCUUUGGGUCCUGCCAGGAAAGUGUUGCUCCCAAACGCUGCUUAGCCUUCUGUGCAGCAACUAUGCCCAGUGUUCGACAGAACUGUUUUACCUGUUGAAUCCAAGUCUCUUUAAAUAAGAGAAAUCUCUUCUGUUAAGCCAUGUGCUUCAGUUAUCUCUGAAUUCUUUGCAAUUUUAACCAACUGGUAUUUCAGAAAAACAGAUUGAAGUUCUAAGAGUAUGCUUUUGAAGAUCUCCUGCUCAUCUGAAAGUGGAAAUUCUGGAUGUGAAUAGAAAUGUUUUCACGGUCUGUAACCCUUACCACUGUUCAGGAACUCCUCUUUGGCGCACUCAUCGUGCCUCUCCCCUGAGAUUAUCUUACUGCCAUAGCUUGCUGAACUUCCCUCAGUGAUCAGGCAGUGCUGAGAAAUGGGAAUGGUCUUGACUGAAAACAAAACCUUAGCAAAAUCGUCAGUCCUAGCCUUCCUUCCAAGUGACCCCAAGGACCAGAGAGGAUUCAGUGAGUAAGAAUGUUCCUUCUCUGCCCUGCAAAAAGCAACCCCUGAUGACUGCUGGCUCCUUUUAAUAGCAUCUACUGAGAAAUCACAAAUCUAGGGUGGGAAGAGAAAAAGUUUCAAACAAAUACUGGUGGUGCAAUGUUUUGGUGACAAAGUUGGGUGUGUUGGCAGAGAACCCUGCAAUUUUGGUAGGGUAUUUGUGGAUGUGCUCAGGGGUGUCCCAGUGUUUUAUGCAGAAGAUACUUCAAAAUUGAUUUGGUGUACCGUAGGUUCAAUUUGUGCAUUGAUAUCCUCUGCCCUGGGCUGCUCAGCUCAUAAGGCGAUGUGAUGCAGAGGGAGCGGGCUCUGCAGGUGCCAUUGCUGUGUAUCUGUCCCAGCUAAUGAUCUGUUUUUUCUUUGAACAGGUGGGUCCCUUGUUGAAUAUGAUGAUUAAGGGACGGUAUGACUAAUGCCUGGCUGCCCGGGUGACUGAUGUUGGAGCUGCUUUGUUCACAAGCAAUGGAAGAUACUGAGCGCUAGUAUUGCACGCAGCACUUAACAGACUGAUGGGUUUCCUGACCUAUACCUACCCCAGUACAAUAAAGGGGGCUACUGGAACUGCAAAACCAUUAGUACCCCAUUCAUCCUCCAUUCUCAUUUAACCGAACCUCCCAAGAAAGAGUCUGCACUUACUGGAAGCUGGAUUCAUGCUCACUAACUUGUUUUUUCUCCCUCUGUCCUGUUUGCCACAACAAGGAGCAUGAUUUCUGGCAUUUGGAUGUGUUACUUCAGGAUUUUCAGGCAUUUGAAGAAGAGCUUGGAGGGGAACCAGGCGUGAUCUUGUUUCCUCAGCCUCACGGGGUUUGGACCUCCUGGCUGGGUUUAUGUGUUGGUGCCUGCAGUGGAUAUAAGAUGGGAAGUGAUAGGUUUAAAAGUCCUCUGUUGUUAGAGGACCUGUCCAUGCUCAACUCUGGCACCUUUUUGUAAAAUGGAAACGAACAUGAGAUAGCCUGUGUGUGAUGAUCAACUGGACAAAUGAUUUGAUUUCUUCAACUUAAGACAUCCAUGCUGUGGACUUAGUACAGGGUAGAGAUCAGAUUGAAUUCCUCUAGUGUGUGAGCACCAAAUCCUAUGCUCUCCAAAUAACAUCUGUGUUGUAGGAGUCUAGAUAAACCUCCUUUCCAACAGCUUUCUCUGGGGAGUGAAGGCUUCUUUCCCACUCUUCUGAAGCAGCAGUGUGGUUGAAGGGGGAUAGAGCAUUAUGAAGAGGGAUGCUUUAAUGCCAGGGCACUCUCCAAGUCUCGAAUGAUUAAGCCACAUUUUCAACUGAACUUCCCAGGGGUGCCAAGCUAGACUGUCAAAACGCAGCAUCAGAUAGGUACGGAGCCUCUCUUCUCUCCCCACCAGGGGUGCUGGCUCCUUGGAGUAACAUGGGAAAGUGCCCUUUUUACUGAAACUGCAAGAACUCAAGCGUGUGUGGCUGCGCACAGGUGCGCGUGUUUGUGUGAUGUUGUGUGGCUCCUGUCCAUCAGUUAGUUCCAUGCCAGUGUGUGGUUCUCUUCCUUGUACAGUCAUGUGAAAGAGGUCAGGGCUUUCUGUUUCAAUGUGGUUAAGUUUAUCUCGAUCCUUUUUGUGUUCCGGGACUUGACGUGGCAGGUUGGGAAGUGACAAGACCAAGGCACAGGAACCAGACAUGCCUCUGUUUAAGAGUCCUCAGCAGUGACCCUCAAAAAUGAUUUUGUUUUUCUCCUCCUCUUCCAGGCAAAAGCCUUAAACUGAUACAGAGACUGGCUUUUUGUUCCCUGAGGUGUGCUGCACUGCUGUCCCUGGUUUAGGGGGUGGUGCAAAGGUCUUGUAUGUUUGAUGCUGUUGUAAUGGGUCCCAAGAGCUAGAGGUGGAAAAAGCUGUUUCAUAGCCCGUGUAUCUCAUCCCAUGGAAUAGUGGGGAAUUUGUUCUGUUGAGACUUCCCAGCAUUCCCCUUGUUGUUCUCUGGGGAUUGUUCUGACAUUAUUCUGAUAAAAGCAUUGAGAAUAUGGCACUCAAGAAGUGUUCCGUCUUUGGCCUCACGUCCCAUCCUUUGGUGGGACAGCUCAUGCACCAUUUGCAGGGAGCUUGUCUUGCACAAAGGUGAAAGGCUUCUCAAACAGAAGGUCCCACUGGCUAGUUUUCUGGCUGCUUUACAGAUCAGAACAAAUGAAGUGUAAUUGGCAGCGGCAGGGUCCUUGUUUAAGAAAUAUGUCUGUGUCACUGAGUAGUCUGACUGCCAUGUUAUUUGUUGCAGACUCUCCAGAGCUGUGGUUAGACCCAGACGAAGGUCACUCAGCUGGAUGCUUAUCAAUGUUCAGCCUUUGGGCAGGUGAGGUAGAAGGCUAAGCUGCUGACUCUUGCCAAAAGCAAGGCCUUCCCAGGAAUCCUGGGCACAUGCCCUUGGCUGAAAGAUGCUCAAAUGAAAUCCCAUCUCUGUGCUAUUUACACACAGUAGACUCCAGUACUACUUGAAGCUCAGGGUGGGAGUUCAUAUCCCAUGUGGAGAGAAUGAUACUUUAGGAUCCUUUUUUUUUUUCUUCAUUUGCCAAAGGUCUAACUUUUAAAGUGAACAGGUUUUGCUGCACUUGACUUCGUGAAAGCUCAUUUACAAUGCACUGAUGGACUGACUCCCCGCCCCUUCCCUUUUCAUCUUCUGCUUUCAAUGCCCCUUGCCAUGGUAUUGGGAAGCUGUGUGUGUUCUCUGCUAGGGGUGUGUGUGCAGGGGGUGGGGUGUGACAAACACACGGUACCUUCUGAAGUGUAGUUCUUAAAUACAAGCAAUGUUGAACAACAAA